AUGUUGUCUCACGAUGCAAGUCGAACUUUUCUUAGUAUCGUCUGCAAAAAUCUGAACUUUAACGAUCCCGUAGCAGCCAUUGAAGAAUUCCUAUCGCGUGAUUCAUCCCUACAUGAUAGCUUACUCAAGGGCCUCCUAGGCGAUUCAGGUAGUGGUGGCAGUUCGGACCCUUAUGGUACUCCGUUUGGUGUGGCAUUCUACAAAUUGAUUGUGAGUGAUCGUCGUCUGUUCAAAGUACCAACCACUUACGGAACCACCGUGUUACAAAAACAAAAACAACGCUCAGAAUCUGCUCAAGCAUCAUUCACAGAGGCUGGAACUUUCACAGUGCUUGGAGUUUCAGAUCUGGGUGGACAAGCACGAAGACAAUCCACCAAUGUGGACCUUGAUCGGCAAGCGCUACAAAAAGUGCCAUCUGUUCGUGAAUCGAUGAUCAGCUCAAAUGAACCUCUGGUCAGUACAGCCAGCGGUGAGACAGAAGCGGUCACCGGUGGUGUAACUAACCCAGUUCAACCGGCUCAGUUUUUACUUGUUGCCCGAAUGUAUCCUCGUGAAUGUCUGAUGGCGGCACCUUUGUCUAUGUUCGGUUCUGGUCAAGCGAUAGAGGAAGGUGAAAUAAUGUACUUCUACGCAAUACGCAAUCAUCUAACUAGAUCGGGUGUUGAGGCGAUGUUGCGAGCCCGUCAAAUCAGUGAUUCCCAACGCGCGUUUUCCUUGCUAAUCUCCACCGGAUGUCUUCGUGGUUCUUUGCUUGAAUGCGCACACAGAGUGUUCUCUAAGGUCUACCUACGUCUUUUGGCUUACAACAUGCAACGAAGAGAGAUGUAUUCGGAAGGAGAAAGUCGUGAAGUCUCCGGAAGCGGGCAGAGUAGGAGUGGUGGCAGCGUGAGCGGUGGUGGCACCGGCGGAGGUGUUGCUCCAACUGGACGAGAAAAUGAGAACACAGAGAAUUCAGCUGAUUCCCGAACAUCGCACGGCUCGGGUCAGGGGGAAAAUUCCAAACGAUCAGCUUCUGGUAGUACUACUGGCGGUGGUGCAGAGGACACGCAACGUUUGCGUGAUGAAUUUUCGGUUACAAUGUACAAAUUUAGCACCGUUUUGGAAGAGACCAUCACAGCACUACAAGGAGUGUUCAAUUUGGAAGAGCCUGAUUUUAUGCCAUCGGAAAACUAUCGCAUCGAUCCGCCGCGUGAUUUUGCCAUGAUUCCAAAAAUCUCCCGUCUUUUCAGAGUUUGGGCUGGAGCUUCGCCUGCCAAGACGCUGAACAUUCUGUGGAUGACAAUAGUUGGUUCCGUGACCAGGAUGGAGAUUCAGUCACCGCAGUCCUUCGAGAAGGGAGAUGUACGGAGCUCCCUGGAGGAAUUCACGGAUGUGGCGGAGCAGGCGGGUAUUCAGUCGGACCGCGAUGAACAAAUAAAUCAGGUUCUGACGAAUCUGAACAAACCAAGACCAAUCAGUACUGGGCCAUUGGAAGAAGUUGACCACUGGCGUUAUCGAUGCAAAAUUCUCACAGCCGUGGCAGAGGCACUGCGAACGAAAACAGCGCGUUGGGUCAUCAAUGCCUGGUCUACUCUGAACCCGGAUGCAGAACCCUAUUCGCGAGGGGCAGAAAUUAAGGCGCUGAUGUUAGAAGCUAAGGAUAAUUCCAGUCAGUCAAUUCGAACCAUCCUUCGUGAAGUGAAAGCUGCCAUCCGAAUGUUAACUUUGUUCGAGGACACGUAUUUACAGGAAAGACAACGCGUAGAAGCAACCUCACAAGACAAUCGAUGGGAAUUUGAUCGAAAAAUACUUUUCGGUGAUAUUCAUUAUAUGAAAAAAAUUCUCACGGAUAUUUUUGAGAUGGCCAAGGAUUUACCGUGUCCUUUUUUGCCGAAGAAUGAAAAAAUUUGGCUCAAAGUGAAGGGUGAUUUCGAAGACCAUGCAUCUAUGAUCGAUGCGAAAGCCAAGAAUUUUAUCAACGAUUAUUUCGCUCAUAUUCGAGGUCCAACAUCGGCAUUCGACUUAUUGGAAAAAUUCAAAUCAGUUAAAGCGCGGGCCGCAAUCACGUGUUUGUUGAAGGACAAAUAUCGUGAUGUUUUGCGAAGUUUUGGCAACGAACUGCUCAAAGUCGAACUGAAAUUCAAAGAACUGAGAGACACUCCACUUGUGGCACAUUAUCUGCCACCGAUCGCCGGUUCCAUUUCUUGGACUCGACUGAUUCUAUCCACGGUGAAAGCGAGCAUAUUACGAUUUAUCAAUUCGCAACCGGAUAUAUUGGAUGAGGAUGAAGGUAAAGCGGUCAAGGCACGAUAUGUCAGUUUAGCUGAUGAAUUACGCAAAUACGAGAUUAGCCGUCACAAGUCUUGGGAAACGGAAGUGAAUGCAAUCGUAAGCCUUCGACUCAGUCAACCGGUGCUCUUCAAACAUACAAUUCAAAUAGCCUUCGAUCAGAAAGUUCACGCGAUUGUACCACCGCCUACCUGGUGGGCCGGAGCAAAAGGAGACACCGGAACUGUGCUGAAUCCGCCCACACCACCGCAAGCACAAAUGAUUCGCCAGUUUUUCACGGAUCCGACCAAUACACCUGGAACAGUUACACGCUCCUCGUCCAUUCACUUGCAACGAAACCACGGUUCGGCCGUGUCAUGGACGAGUCAAGGAGAACGGACCUCCUUUGCCACAAACCCCGUUAUGCAAGAAGGUUGUCUUCCCGUCUAUGAGGUCAAUUUUGAUUCCAAAUUGUGGGGUGUGAUUCAGGAGGCUGCACGAAUCGAACUGUUCAAUUUGCCGCUGCCGGAAAUUGCCCGAUUCAUUGGUUUAAGAAAUUCCUACUAUCAGAACAUGGUCUUACAGCUUCAGAGAAUGGUGGAUAGAUAUGAAGAGAUCAGAAGCCAGUUAGAUCCCCUGAAGGUUAGUCUGAUGGAGGCGGGUCUACGAACCCUGGUAAACACGAUUGAUCGAGGUGUGUUCUACCUGAAUUGGGACAGUCUUGUUGUGGAUGAAUAUCUGGAACACUGUGAUCGAACACAGAUUGGUAUUCACAUAUAUGCUCCGCGGACAAUCGUUACAUAUCCCUGGGCACACACACGUCUUCAAUGUCUGUCAUGCUCCAUCCGAGACCGUCGACUGAAACGCGCUGAGAAUCACAUUAAGGAAAUCGAUCGGUGUUUCGAUAUUCUCGAACGUAUUGGCGCCUUGAUCUCACGUGCACAAAUGUUCAAGGAAAGAGAGGAUGGACAACUGGUUUCGGCCAAAGAAUAUAUGGAUUAUGCUGAAUCGUGUCGAGAAAAUGACAUGGAAGAAUUGGCCAAUCAAAUCAGUACAAUGGCGACCAGCUGUCUGGGUAAACUUGAAGAAGCUCUGUUCGAUACGAAUACAGGUCGUCGAACUGAGAUGUAUCCGAUCUAUCAAAGAUUUGAAGUCAUGAUCCUAUUUCGACUUCUCGAGAUGGUCCUUCGAAACAUGUGGUCUUUUGUCAACGCUUUGGGCGGCCGACAACCCAUUUUCUACAUUGAUGUGAUGCUCGUUAAUUCGGAUGUGGUCCUAUACCCGGUCAGCGCUGAUUUGUACAAAUGGAUGACGCAAACUUUGCGCGGUUGCGUUGAAAGCUGCCGCUACUUUUUGCGCUGGAAACAUGGAACCUGUGAACCGUGUCCGGCUAUUCGAUCCGAAGGCGAUGAGAUGAUCACAUUCAAUUACGUGCAUGAGUUGGAACGAUGUCCGGAACUACGUGAACCAGAUGCAGCUUUCAAUCAACGAGUGCAACUUCUCAAUCGAAAUGUUGUAGAUUUUCUGAAACGUCUGGCUCGUUAUUCCAUACUAUGGCAUCAGGAUAAGCAAAAUGUGGUCGAGAAAUGGUUGCAUGCAAAAAACCAGACCACUCGGGAUUUUGAGAUGCGCAUUAUCUAUUUGUGCUCACGUUGGAAAAAUCUCGAUCGAUUACUUGGCCCGAAACGGAUUGUCUUCGCGGGUGCAAUCGCUUUACGUUUGACAUCAUUCUUCUUGAAUGUGACUAGCAACUUACGUGAUUGGAUCCGAAUCUAUAUGCGUUAUCUGUAUGAGGCUGCAGAGCAUCACUACGACACAGUGGUUAAAAUGAUCCAGCACGUUAUCAAUACCGGCGUUAUCAGCCCUUGGGAUCUAUAG